GCGUCCUACGGGGGCCGCCGUGGCUCAGUCAGGCUUAAUCCCUCCCAUUCCGCGCAACGCCAUUGGUCGAAGUGGAGCGAAUGACGUCAUCAGCCCGCGCUCCUUCUUUUCGCUUUCUCUCAGUUUCCGCUGCUCGCGAGUCUCCAGCAGCCCCGCGCGUUUUCGAGUUGCUGCAAUGGACUGGCGCCCAGAUGAGGAAGGACUGCAGCAAGUCUUGCAACUGUUAAAGGACUCUCAGUCCCCAGACACUGCCACCCAGAGGAUAGUCCAGGAUAAACUUAAGCAGCUGAACCAAUACCCGGACUUCAAUAAUUAUCUGAUCUUCGUGCUGACGCGGCUCAAGUCUGAAGAUGAGCCAACGCGGUCCCUUAGUGGACUGAUUCUGAAGAAUAAUGUGAAAGCGCAUUAUCAGAGCUUCCCGCAGACCGUAUCGGACUUCAUAAAGCACGAGUGCCUGAACAGUAUAGGAGACUCCUCCUCCCUCAUCAGGGCUACAAUUGGUAUCCUUAUCACCACCAUUGCUUCCAAGGGAGAGCUGCAAACAUGGCCGGAGCUCCUUCCCCAGCUGUGCAACCUGCUCAAUUCUGAGGAUUACAACACGUGUGAGGGUGCCUUUGGGGCUCUGCAAAAAAUCUGUGAGGAUUCCUCCGAACUCCUAGACAGCGACGCAUUAAACAGGCCGCUCAAUAUCAUGAUCCCCAAGUUCCUGCAGUUCUUUAAGCAUUGCAGUCCCAAGAUCAGGUCCCAUGCCAUUGCCUGCGUGAACCAGUUCAUCACAGACCGGGCACAGGCUCUCAUGGAUAACAUAGACACUUUCAUUGAGCAAUUGUUUGCCCUUGCGGUGGACGAGGAUCCUGAGGUUCGGAAGAAUGUGUGUAGGGCGCUGGUAAUGUUGUUAGAGGUGCGGAUAGACCGGCUGCUCCCGCACAUGCACAGCAUAAUACAGUACAUGCUGCAGAGAACACAAGAUAACGAUGAAAACGUUUCAUUAGAGGCGUGCGAGUUUUGGUUAACGUUAGCCGACCAGCCCAUCUGUAAGGAAGCCCUGUCCAACCAUUUGCUGCAAUUAAUUCCAAUUCUGGUGAAUGGGAUGAAAUAUAACGAGAUUGACAUCAUUCUGCUUAAGGGGGAUGUGGAGGAAGACGAGACAGUCCCAGACAGUGAGCAGGACAUCAAGCCUCGGUUCCACAAGUCUCGCACGGUGACGCUGCAGCACGAGGAGGAGCGAGUACAAGGGGAGGACGAUGCAGAUGACGAGGAUGAUGAUGAUGACGACGACACUCUGUCUGACUGGAAUCUGAGGAAAUGUUCGGCCGCAGCUCUGGACAUCCUCGCCAAUGUAUUUCGAGAGGAACUACUUCCUCAUCUUCUUCCCCUUCUGAAAGAUCUCCUCUUCCACCCUGAGUGGGUCAUAAAGGAGUCUGGGAUACUGGUCCUUGGGGCCAUCGCUGAAGGCUGUAUGCAGGGCAUGGUCCCUUACCUUCCCGAGCUCAUCCCACACCUGAUCCAGUGCUUGUCGGAUAAGAAGGCUCUCGUCCGUUCUAUUGCCUGUUGGACACUGAGCCGCUAUGCUCAUUGGGUGGUCAGUCAACCUCCGGACCUCUACCUGAAGCCAUUAAUGACUGAGCUCCUGAAACGUAUUCUAGACAGCAACAAGCGGGUACAGGAGGCUGCCUGCAGUGCAUUUGCUACACUGGAAGAAGAGGCGUGCACAGAACUCGUUCCCUAUUUAAGCUUUAUAUUGGAUACGCUGGUGUUUGCCUUUGGAAAAUACCAGCACAAGAACCUGCUGAUUCUCUAUGAUGCAAUUGGGACCCUGGCCGACUCCGUGGGACACCAUCUAAACCAGCCGGAGUACAUCCAAAAACUGAUGCCCCCUUUGAUCCAGAAAUGGAACGAGCUAAAGGAUGAAGACAAAGAUCUAUUCCCACUGCUAGAGUGUUUAUCCUCCAUAGCUACAGCCCUCCAGAGUGGCUUCCUACCCUACUGUGAACCCGUAUACCAGCGCUGCGUCACGCUAGUCCAGAAAACACUUGCCCAGGCAAUGGUACGUACCAAUGGUUUUAAAGUGAGGGAGAUGCCUUCCACAUUUGUUGUGCAAACUUUAUUGUUUUUUCCACUUAUUUCCUGCCAGAUGUACAGCCAACACCCUGACCAGUAUGAAGCCCCCGAUAAGGAUUUCAUGAUCGUUGCCUUGGACUUGCUGAGUGGGCUGGCGGAAGGGCUCGGUGGGCAUGUUGAGCAGUUAGUAGCCAGGAGUAACAUCAUGACUUUGCUGUUUCAGUGCAUGCAGGACAUUAUGCCUGAAGUCCGGCAAAGUUCCUUUGCUCUGCUGGGUGAUCUGACAAAGGCCUGCUUCCUGCAUGUCAAGCCGUGUAUCUCGGAGUUCAUGCCUAUUCUGGGCACCAAUUUAAAUCCGGAGUUUAUCUCUGUGUGCAAUAAUGCAACGUGGGCCAUCGGAGAGAUCUGCAUGCAGAUGGGAUCUGAGAUGCAGCCCUAUGUCCCCAUGGUCUUAAAUAACCUCGUGGAGAUCAUUAACCGGCCAAAUACCCCAAAGACCCUUCUGGAAAACACAGCUAUUACCAUUGGGCGCUUGGGUUGUGUGUGUCCCCAGGAGGUGGCUCCUAUGCUGCAACAGUUUAUCAGGCCUUGGUGCACAUCACUUCGCAAUAUCCGUGACAAUGAGGAGAAAGACUCCGCCUUCAGGGGCAUCUGUAUAAUGAUUGGUGCAAAUCCUGGAGGAGUUGUACAGGAUUUUAUUUUCUUUUGUGAUGCUGUGGCGUCAUGGAUGAGUCCGAAGGAUGAUCUAAGGGACAUGUUCUACAAGAUUUUGCACGGUUUUAAAGAGCAGGUCGGGGAGGAAAAUUGGAAUCAGUUCUCUGAGCAAUUCCCCCCUCUGUUGAAGGAACGUUUAGCUGCGUUCUACGGUGUGUAAAAGGGAUUAUCAGACACACACUCAGCGUGGGAGGUUCCUGUUUGGUCCAUGUGGUCAUCGGGGAGACAGAUGUCCUACGCCCCCUCAUCCGGUCUUUAGAAGGGUUUUAGGGAACAGUGUCCAAGGCUAGAAUUACACCCCUCGUCGCCGAACCCCAGGAAUUCUAUUGCAGGGAGGAGGUGCUGGAUAGUGAGAACUACACGGCACAACAUUUCACCCCCCAACCACACAUCCAAUGCAGAUUUUGUAGUAAAUUUUUGUUUUCUAUUGUGCAUCCGUGGGGACAGGCUUUAAGAUGAAAUUCUAUCGUUAUGGGGAGGAGGUUGGGAAUAUGAGGAGAAGCCAGGUACACCGUGGGAUGCGGGUGGGGGGGGAGGUAGCGCAUAGAGAGGGAGGGAAUGAAAUUGAUUCCUGUGCUAUUUUAGAACCGGCACGGGUAGAGACAGCCGUAUCUCUUACAGAUAGGGUUAAAAAUCAAGGUAGGGAGGGGCUAUUCAGUGUAAUAUAGGGCCUGUGUGCAUAUAUAGAGGGAGGAAGGGUCGUUAAAUCUGUAGCAAUCGGGCAGGUUUGGAUGUUGGAGCGGCCAAGUCUUACACCGUUGCUCCAUGCCAUUUUGCAGGGGCUUCAGCCACUUUCCUUGGAGUGGGUUUUAAACUGCCCAAAUCCCUAGGUUUAUUAAUCCAAGCAGCUUGGGUUCCACCUCAUACUUUUGGCAAAGGCAGCAAGCCCACGGUCUCCUUGUGGCAACACUCUACUAGCCGCCUACUCCACGUCACUGGCAUGUGAAGUACAGACGAGACCCAGGUUGGACUUUAUCCAUGUUUUAUCAAAGAAACGUUGCAUUUCAGCCUCUCCACUUUAUCCGCUCUCUCUUCACACCGGGAUCUCCGUGUCGCAAGCAGGGGGUGCUGCUUAGUUUAUAAAAGAAACCGAUUUCCGAAAGGGUCUCCUUAACCCCCUUGGCUGCUGACGUGGGAUGGAUGAAAAGAGACUCCAAGUAAAUGUGAUUGUUCCUAGUGAGCUGAGGCUUCCGGUGCUGGCAGUGCAGGUUCCUGGCUCAGAGAGUAACUUGGCUACUGAUUGUGGCUAGCACUGGCCCCAAGCAAUGAACUUGGGAGACAAGCACUGACUGGGUCCAAAAUGGCAGAGGAGUUGUUACUAGAGAUUAGCUGGCAUUGUGCUGGCAGGGAAGUGGUCAACGCAAACAACAGAUGAGGACGGAUAUUAUGGGGGUAACCUUGAAACAAUACCUGCAUUAAAGGCAAGAAACAAGGGGGGCCUUUAUGAUGUCACAGCCUGCCUGGCAUAGGGUGGGACGCCUCCCCUUUAAUAUCACCCUCCCUCCCUUGUUUUCUAGGGCGCACCACUAGGCUCCAGUUCAAUUCUGGGUCUGUAUAUUGGUAUUUGUGAUGUAAUGUUUCCUAUGGUAAAACUGCAGUGUAUUUAGUGUAAAGCCAUCUUGCUUGCACCUUUGCUCAGAUGAGAAUUAUAUUCUCAUUUUAUGUACAUUUUUUUUUUGGUUAACUAAAAAAAUGCAGGUUUUUUUUUUUUGUGACUCUAAAAACAAUGUUGUGUUUUAUUGUACAAAACAAUCUGGAACCCCCACCAAGGGCGAUUUUUGUCUCUGUCGCAGAAAAAGUAAAACAAAAAGUAACUGAAGGAGGAUUUUACCACUUUA